UGUCUUAACUUGUCAUCUUUGUUUCAUGAAUGGUCAAUGGUGAAUAAUGGGUAGAGAGGGAACGUGAAUAAAGGGAUCCACAAGUGUCUCCACCAUUUUCUGAGUAAAAACAAUCACAUCCUUUCAUUUUCAAACCCCUAAACCAAAUUGUAAACUCAGAAGAAAAAAAAAACAAAAAUCAUAAAGAUUUUCUUCAUCUCCAAGAAACAACAAUAAGCCCUUCGAACGAAUAAGGCAACUACAGGGAGAGAAAAAUGAAUACAACUACAACAAAAAACGUUUGUGGAGACAAAUGGUACCUUAACCUAGACAAGCCUGAAGAGGCAUUGAAGAUUCUUGGAUUCAUUGCCAUUUUCGUCAUCCGAACUCUCCUCCAUCAUCUCAUGAAGCCUCUAGGCCAACCUUACCUCACCACCGACUUUGCUAUAGGGCUAAUUCUAGGUAACCUUCCCAAGUUUCGAGAGGCAUUCUCGGGGCCUUACUCUAUAACCCUCAACAACAUCAUCGAAUUCGGUAUGAUCUGCCAUAUGUUUGUGAUGGGUCUAGAGAUGAAUCCAAGCGUCCUUCUCAGACCACCAACCAAAGACGCAUUCAUAGCAUACACAAGCAUGAUUACGACCUUUGUUCUCGCCUUUGUCACAACUCCUUUCCUCCACUAUACCAAAACCGCUCCUUACAUUUUCUCCCUCGCCCUCUCCCUCAUGGCUUCAAGUACCGGUUCCCCCAUCCUAACCCGCGUCAUCGCCAAUCUCAAGAUCAGAAAAUCCGAUCUUGGAAAACUUGCAUCAGCCGCAGGUGUUCAUACGGAUAUGAUCUCUACCUUGUUUUACUGCUUCGGCUUCAUUUUCUUUCCUACAGAGAAACCUCUCGCUCGUCCUCUUCACAGAUUCUUCAGAGCCCUCCUCAUGUUUUGCCUCUUCCUCGCUCAGGUCACUUUCACUUCCAUCGUAUCCCCAAUCUUUCUUAAUUGGGUCAACAACGAGAACCCUGAAGGCAAGCCACUCAAGGGAUCUCACCUCGUUAUGUCACUCGCAUUUGUUGUCUUGAUCUGUAGUUUUCCAACCUGGCCACCUGAAUCAAUGUACAACCCAAUUCUCAGCGCCUUCACGGCUGGUCUUUUCCUUCCAAACAAAGGAAGAAUGUCCAAAUGGAUCAUCAACAAAAUUAAUUACUUGCUCAGCACGGUCUUCUACCCUAUCUUCUUCUUCUGGGUUGGAUUUAUAAUCCACAUGAGAAACUUUGACAUCACUGACAAAAUGGCGUGGGCAAGGUUCUUUGCUCUUCUCGGCACUGUCAUAGUCGGAAAAGUCACCGGAACAGUCCUGUGUGGUUUACUACUCGGUUAUCAUGUCCCGGAAACCGCAUCCUUAGGACUGCUUUUGACCGCUAAAGGCCAUUUUCAUGUAUACUUGGCAGCCUUAGCCAUUCGGGUACCAUCAAGCGUUCUCCUUUUUUUUUUGUUUUUCAAGCUAUCAUCAAAACAAGAUCUUUACUCUCUGUCUUUUGGUUUGAUGCAAAUGCAGACAAACAGGGUGAAAAAUACAACCGGUGCAAUGAUCAUUUUUGUUAUUGUUCUAACGGUUGUCUACUCCCCUUUCGUGGUCAUGGACAUCAUCAAACGCGCUAGAAAGCGAGUGCCAGUGCACAUCAUGGCACUUCAGUGGCUCGAUCCAACAACUGAACUUCGUAUCUUGAUCGGUCUCCACGGUCCCCACAACAUCGGUUCCACGCUCAACCUUAUGGAGAUCUGCCAUGGUGGACGUGAGCCAGGAUCCAUAUUCUAUGCGACUGACAUGGUGGAGUUGACUGAUGAGAUUGCAGCCACACUGAAAAAGGGCGGAGGAGCGGAUCAGAGUAAUGAUUCAGUGACGAUAACGGAUAGGUCAGUGACGGAAAUGAGAGAGAGUAUUACGGCAGCUGUGAAUGGGUAUGGAGAGCUCCGUAACGGCCAAGGUGUGACAGUGAGGCGGAUGUUGGCUUUGUCCACGUUUGUGACCAUGGCGCAAGACAUCUGUGGUUUGGCUGAUGAACUUAUGGUUUCCAUUAUAAUUCUACCAUUCCAUAAACGGCUGAAUCCUGAUGGCACUCUUGAUUCUGGCCAUGCCGGGUUCCGUCAUGUGAACCGCAAGAUUCUGAAGAACGCACCAUGUUCGGUGGGAAUUCUUGUGGAUAGGUCCUUCGGGCAAACAGAAGAGGCAUGGAGACCAGGAGCGUCCAUGGACAUUGCUAUAAUAUUCAUAGGUGGCAGAGACGACCGAGAGGCACUAGCUUUCGCAGCACAAGUGGCUCGACAUCCUGCUGUGAAAUUAAAGGUUAUACGUUUCUUGGAAGACAAGAGCUCGCAGAACGCACAAAAACGAAGCAGUAUCCUGAACAGAGCGAGUGUGGUAGAGCAAGAGGAGGAAAUGAAGCUUGAUGAUGAAUGUUUUGCUGAGUUUUAUGAAAGAUACAUAGCUGGAGGUGGAAGAGUGUCUUACAUGGAGAAGCAUCUCACCAACUCCUCUGAGACUUUCACAGCACUUAAAUCACUAGAUGGAGAGUAUGGGCUGGUGAUUGUAGGAAGAGGAGGGGGAAGAGCGAGCAGUGGGUUAACCACUGGCCUCAACGACUGGCAGCAAUGUCCAGAGCUUGGUCCCAUAGGUGACGUUCUUUCUGGAUCAGAUUUCUCACACAACACAUCGAUGUUAAUCAUUCAGCAGCAGCGCACUCGGGGUCAGCUAGAAGGGCUUCAUGAUGAUUUCACCAUCCUGUGAAUAUCUGUACAAAUGCACUUACUUAGUAGCUUGGGAAGAGUAGUAGCUUCACCAUCGCAGCUCUUAAAAGAGAAUUUGUACAAUAGUUCAAACAUUAAGUGGUUUAUGUAGAUAGAGUGGUAAAAACAAGAGGUAACCUAAGCAUUACUUCAUAGCA